GUGACGGAGAGCAAAGUGACACGAGGCACGAGUGAAACAAGCCGAUUCAAAACAUUUUUCGAAAAAAACAUGAGGGUUGUCACUUGUUGUUGGAAACACUUUCGUCACCAUUCGUACCUCCUUGUUUCGUCAUUUUCCGAGCCACUGUACGGUGCCUCCUCCCUGCCCUCUGGGUGCCGCAAUCCGAUCCGAUUCACCGGGCACCGACUCGUACAGAUCCUUACGAAAGUUCCUCCUGGAAGGGAACCACACCGCCGAUCUUACCUUCGCGGCGUGCAGCGAACUCAUCCGCAUCACCGAAUCCAUGGGCCCGACGGAAACAACGGAAACGCCGAGGAAUCCCCGUUCCGGUUCCUCGCUUGGCCGGGGGCGGCGAAGGCGAACACGAAUGCGAACGCCAACACGAACACGACUCCACCAAUCGCCUCCACCAACACCAUCGGCCAGACCAACAGCCCGGACACCCUUGCUGGCGACACUUCUCGCCGUUGUCGUCCUGGUGAUUCGGAGCACCACCACCACCACGGCCUUUCCGACUCCCCUUCGGCCGCGGGCAUUUGGAACGCGAUCCCAUCCGCCAAACUCCGGUUGGGAACCAAACGGCCACUGGAGCCUUCCGCGGACAAAGCGGUUCCUCGCCGGCCCCGGCGCCGAAGACGUCCGGGAGAAAGAGAAACCACCACCACCGGCCACCGAAUCCACUCCCGCCCCGGAUUCCGAGCACCAACACCACGGGGAAAGGGACCCCGGGGGAUUCCCAUCGCCCGAUUCGAUCGGCGGGGACCUUCCCUUUUUUGCUUCGCCCGCUGCGGAACAACACACGAACACGGGCACCACCGACCGGUCCCUCUCGCGGAGGGACGCCUUUCGCUACGGUGCCGUGCUGGCGGGUGCCGCCUGGGCCACGGGGGUUGCCUACACGCAAACCGCGGAACUGGAGGCCCCGCCCCCGAAGCGGCCGUCCCUGAUCCCCGAACCGGUGCUGCCGAUUGCCGGCAACAGCAACAACAACAAUAACAACAGCAGUAACAACAACAAGGCCCCCGAAGCAAAACAGCCACGGCAGGAACCCACCAAAGCGACAACCGCGGCUCCCGCUUCGGCACCGGCUCCUUCCGGCGAUCCCCUUUCCGUCAAAUCUCCCUCGGGCCAAUCUACAGUUGCCACCGGUCGACUGGAAUCGGUCAAUCUGACCCAGGUCGCUUCGGAGACGAACAUCAACGUCACGAUGAACUGCGAAAAAAUGUGCCUCUCGGUCGACUCGAGCAACUUUACCUUUACAAAGGUCGAGAAACCCAAGGUACCGAGCUGGCUCCCUUCCUUUCUGGCACCAAAGUCGCAGGUCGUGAAGAAAUACUCCAAUGCCGAGCUGCUGGUGGCGGCGACCGCGGCGGGAUCCGUCUGCGAAAUGGGGCGGACCUCCCUCCUGUAUCCGCUCUCGACGAUCAAGACCAGGCUCCAGGCGGAUCGGCACGACACCGCUUCCGACCUCCGGCCCGGGCAGUCCUUCUGGGAACAGGUCCAGACCCUCGCGGCCAACGUAAAGGAAAAGGCGGAAAGCGGGAAUCUCUACGCGGGGAUCUCCCCCACGCUGCUGGUGUCGGUGCCCGCCACGGGCAUCUACUACGGAGCCCGGGACGUGACGAAGCGGAUGCUCUACUUUGCAAACACGCCCCUCGACGCGACCUCGAUCGCGCUCAUCGGCGCCCUGGUGGGGGACGUGGUGUCGCUGUGCUUCCGGACGCCCUCCAACGCGCUGGCGAUCCGGCUCCAGGCCCGGUCCGAGGCCGCCCCCGGAGACUGGCUCGGGGAGUCCCUGGAGCGCCUCCCGGUGAUCAUCCUCACCGACCUGCCCUACCUGCUGUCCAAGAUCGUCCUCAACAAGCUCUUCAUCCAGGGAAGCCUCUCGGUUCCCGACUACGCCGGCUACGCGGUACUCGCGGCGGUACUCGCGGCCCUCCUGACGACCCCCUUCGACGUGGCGCAGACCCGGAUCCUUCUCGAGCCGCGGCCGGUCCCCCAGGGAGAAAGAGCCCCCGGGGCCGCAAGCGCAACGGAGGAGUCCACCGGGGGCGCAGCCGGCCUCGAGGCGACUCUCGAUGCGAUCGCCCCCGGCCGGCCCGAUCGCGGCCUGGUGCAAACCAUGGUCCGCAUCGCGAACGAGGGGGACGGCGGGGUCCGGAACCUCUUUUCCGGAUGGCUGGAGCGGGUGGUCUACCUGGGGAUCGGCCGGGCCUGGCUGGAACCCAUCCAGCUCGUCGAGUACAUUGGCAUACGGGACGCGGUCCUCCUGGAAUGGUUCUAGGAGCGUCCAAGAGCGGAGCGCGGAAGGACGGGACGGGAUGGAAUACAAUAGAAUCCAAACACAAUGGAGUCGAACAUAGAUGGAAUGGGAAGCCCUAGAAAACAGUGUUGUGAAAAUAGUGCACGUGUCCUUUUGUCAGAUCAUCGUGGAUAGAUAGAAAACAAUGUGCGGCAACCAUGUUUUCUUGAGCAAGGUCUACAACAAUCUACC